UUUCUAAACGUGUAUUAGAUAAAAAUAAUCAGCUGUUGAGAUAUUUGAAAACAAAAACACAUCUUUAUCAACCAUGGACAGUCUUCAUCAGCCACUGAACAUAACCGAAUACAACAACCUCAUCACCAACAUCAUCGAAUCGGCCGUCGAUGAGCUGAUCUUGAAGCGUGAAAGCGCGGGAUGUUCCUUGACGGCCGCGGAACCAUUCCUGCUUCACAUCUGUCGACUGUGCGCCCGCGAGCAGCCCCAGCUGCUGGACCUGUCCGAGCUGCACCUGGUACUGCUCGGAGAGCUGGCCAUCGCGGGGAUCGACGUGAGCGCCGGAUGUACGAAGAUCUGCGCUGCGUGUGCGGAGUUCCUGGGCCGCAUCCGGGAGUUUCGCUGCCGGUGCGAGGAGGCCCAGAAACGGAUCGGUGCGUUGCUGGCCGAGCGAAGCGUGCUUUCGGAGUUUUUGAACUUGGACUUUGGCAAGCCGGAUGAUGGUGGUGGGUAUGAUGCGGGAGGGUUCAGUCCUCCGCCGGAUGUGGCGGAUGAGAUAGGGGGUGAUGUUGUGCCGGAGUUGCCACCGGUGCAAGAUUUUGGGAUGAGUGCUGAUUCUUCGUCUUCGAGCGGGGAGGAGGAACGGGUUGAGCCGCAGCCUGUUGUUGCUCGAGAGGAGCAGGUGAAGAAGGUUUCUGUGGAGCAGAAAGUGCCUGCGGAACGAAAAAAGUCGCGGGCAGUGAGCGAUUCUCGCCGCCAGGUAGUCAACGGGAAGCUGCAGUGGGUGUGUCUGGACUGCGAGCGAACGUUCGAGAGUUGUACGAAGCUGAAGAAGCAUCGGCAGACGUGCGAGCUGGUGGGAACUGAAAACUCCAAACGGAUGGGACCUUUCACGUGCGAAAUCUGCGGACAGACGUUACCGACGUUGAUGGGACUGCGAGUUCACGUGCACAAGCAUAGUAAAGCUGGCGAGAAAGAGGGGAAGAAGGACCUGGAGAAGGCAGGUGCAGCAGGUCCGAAGACUACGGUUUGUCACAUUUGUGGAAAGUCGUUUAGCGGGACGGGAUCGUUGCGCGAUUUGCGUUCGCAUUUGGUGUUCCACGGACAGGAGAAACGGAUUGAGUGUCAGAUUUGUAACAAAAAGUUUCACAAGCUGUUUCGUUUGAAAGACCACAUGAACUGCCACAGUAACGAGCGGAGAUAUAGCUGCCAAGUGUGUGGGAAGGCCUUCUUUACCAAAGCGAUCCUGUACAAGCACACCCGCACCCAUGACCAGAGCUUCCGGAAGCAUCAUUGUACAAUGUGCUCGAUGCGUUUUGAGCACCCUUAUCAACUCCGAGCCCACGUUAUGAUCCACACCUCGGAAUAUCCGUACGGUUGCAAACUCUGCCAGAGUAAGUUUCGUUUUUCGUGGGACCUGAAGAAACACUACGCCAAAGUGCAUCCUCCAGCAGCCCCAGAAGAACAACCACCUUCACCGCUACUCCCCACGCCCAUUCCACACAUCCCAGAGGACACCCACCAUCCACUUCCACCGCUCGUCGAAGAAGUCUUCUCCCAACCCAUGCUCCACCAUCCGCUGGAUCCGGUGGCGGUCGGACUGCUGGACGAAGAUCACCAUCAACACCACCACAGCCACCUGCACGACCACGAUCAUGACCUGUCGGUGAUGCUGGCGGACAUUCCGCCGCACACCCAGCCCGAACUGAUCGGACCGUCGGUGGCGGCCAUCCAGCCUGUCGUGACCGAGCAUCCGUUCGACACGGAAACGCUGCUGCUGGAGGAGGCCUCGCGGGAGUUUACCGCCGAUUGCUUCCCGAAUCCGGACGCACUCGACGGCAGCCACACGGCGCCGGACGAUGAUUUUUAUACGUUUAUGGAGUGUUGAAUAAAUUAAGUUUUCUAGAAAAUUA